AUGGAUAACAACAGACAUUUUCUUUUUAAAUCCAACAUCAACCUGGAGGAGAUGGACAACAUGACUUUAAGACCUUUCAUAAUAAUGUUUCAUAUAAAUCUUCAGUGUGGUGAGUUUGAAGGCGCUGAUAUUGCCUUCCACUUCAAUCCACGUUUCGAUUUCUGGGACAAAGUGGUGUUCAACACUUUCCGAGAAGGUGUUUGGGAAGGGGAGGAGAAAAUAAAAAAAAUGCCCUUCAAAAGAGGGGAACAUUUUGAGAUGGUCAUCGUUGUAAAUUCUGAAGGCUAUCAGGUCAAUGUGAAUGGGAAAGAGUUCUACUUUUACCAGCACAGAAUCCCUGUAGAGAGAGUUUGUGCUCUGGAGAUUGGUGGAGAUGUGUGUAUCCAGACUAUCAAUGUCAUCGGGGGAUUCACAGGUGGAAUGGGGGGCGGUUAUCCUGCAGGAAUGGGGGCAGGAUACCCAUCUGGAGGAAUGGGGGGGGGAGGCAUGGGUUAUCCUGGAGAAAAUCUACCGGUGAUGGGAAUGCAGCCAAUCUACAACCCUACUGUUCCAUAUUCCAACAUGAUACCUGGAGGCAUGUCAGGCAAGAGAACUAUUGUUGUUAGAGGCAUGGUGCCGUAUGGAGCACAAAGGUUUGCCGUUAACUUCGUGGUUGGAUUCUCUCGUGACAUUGCUUUCCACCUGAACCCCAGGAUAAGAGAGGGACUUGUGAUCAGAAACAGUAGGAUUGGAGGACUGUGGGGACAGGAGGAGAUAGAGAUCGGAAUCAACCCGUUUAUGGAGGGACAGUACUUUGAUUUAUCCAUUCGCUGUGGGCACCGAAGGUUUAAGAUCUUUGUGAAUGGGCAGCAUUUGUGUGAUUUCUUCCACCGGUUCGAGGCCUUUACUCAGGUGGAUAUGCUGGAGAUUGAAGGAGAUGUUCAAAUUUCCUAUAUUCACUUCUGAGCACGAAACUCUAAAUGAAGCAACUAAUCUAUAAAAUAAAAGCUACAGUUUGUGUGCUUAUUGUGAAUGGUGAUAAAUGUGAAAUCCAAUCUGUUAUCAAAUGUAAGAAGUUCAUAAGACAC